UUUACUUGUCAUUUUAGUCUGUCAAAAAUUUUAAAAAAAUUUAAAUUUAAUGUUUUUACAAUUUUACGUGAUUUUUUAUUAAUGAUGGCGUAUUACUGAAAUAAUUAUAUUCAUAGUGGGCCUUUUAAGUCGUCCGUGUUUCAGUUAAAGUAAUUUGUGAAUGAUACAUGCGUUUUUUUUGUCCUAAUGAUCUUGUUACUCACCAUACUCAUUAUACAUGACGUGUAAUUGCCAACAAGACAUCCAUUCAUUAAUUUUCUUGUGACUGAGACACUUUUGCUGAAAUGAGAGCCUUAAUUCUGGUUGGAGGGUAUGGUACGAGGUUGAGACCUCUCACGUUGAGCAGGCCGAAACCGUUGGUGGAAUUCGCGAACAAAUCAAUACUUCUGCAUCAAAUUGAAGCGUUGGUUGAGGCAAAUGUUACGGAGGUAAUACUCGCAGUGUCCUACAGAGCUGAAGAGAUGGAAGAGGAAUUGUCUGUGGAGGCGAAAAAGUUAGGUGUUAAUAUUGUGUUCUCCCACGAAGUUGUACCAUUAGGGACAGCCGGUCCCAUAGCUUUGGCGAGAGAAAUACUGCAGAAAAGUGACGAUCCAUUUUUUGUGUUAAAUUCGGAUAUUAUUUGCGAAUUUCCCUUUAAGGAACUUGCCGAAUUUCACAAGAAAUGUAAGAGGGAGGGGACAAUAGUAGUCACGAAGGUUGAGGAACCCUCUAAGUAUGGUGUUGUUGUGUAUGACGAAAAUAACGUGAUCGAAAGUUUCGUCGAGAAACCCCAAGAAUUUAUAUCAAAUAAAAUUAACGCCGGACUUUAUAUUUUAAAUCCUAGUGUUUUAAAUAGAAUAAAACUGCAACCGAUGUCGAUCGAGAAGGAAGUCUUUCCAGGUAUGGCCGAAGACAAGCAAUUAAAUGCUUUCGAAUUGGAAGGGUUUUGGAUGGACGUCGGGCAACCUAAAGACUUUUUGACGGGUAUGUGUAUGUACUUGAAAUCGCUUCGUCAGAAAACACCAGAUGUGUUAUAUAGUGGUGUCGGUGUUGUUGGCAAUGUUCUGGUGGAUCCUACUGCUGUAAUAGGAGCAGGCUGCCAGAUUGGGCCUAAUGUAACAAUUGGACCUGGUGUUGUUAUCGAAGAUGGUGUUUGCAUUAAACGAUGUACUAUCCUACGUGAUGCCAUGAUUAAGUCACACUCGUGGUUGGAGAACUGUAUAAUCGGUUGGCGUUGCUCAAUUGGCAGAUGGGUUAGAAUGGAAGGUUCAACGGUCCUCGGUGAAGAUGUUAUCGUGAAAGAUGAACUAUAUAUAAAUGGUGGCCAAGUUCUUCCUCAUAAAAAUAUAGCGGCGUCUGUUCCGGAACCACAAAUUAUUAUGUGAUAUACUAUAAUGAAAUGGCCAAUUAUACUAAGUAUUUUGUCAGGCAUCUGUUGUAUGUCAGCUAAUCAAAUUUUAUCUAUAUUUUAUUUUUUUUUAAAUAUGACCUCCCAUUGUGAUAGUACGGAUCGAUGGUUGCAUUUAAAUCUACAUAAACAAUUUUUAUUCAAUAAAACGCAGUGCAACUUCAUUUAAGAUUAAAGUUUGUAAAUAUAGGUGGACAAAUGGUCUAAUUGCAAGCACAGUUUGUACCUCCUAACCGGAUGUGCAAUGACACGCAGUUAUACCCCUCAAAGAAUGAUAGAAAAUUAAGUAAAUUCAACUUACUUAUCAAACAUUUUUCUAUUAUGUCAUUGUAAAAAUCAGAUCAGGUUUAACAAAUGAUAGUCACUACCUACCUACUAUAGGAAUAUAAAGUUUAGUCCGCUCAAUUUGGACCAAUAUUCUAAAACUACUCAACCGAUUUGUAUAACCAAUGACAGCUAAUAAUAGUUAUAUGUUGCUUAGUUUUGCUUUUCUGCAAAUUACACAGAAAUGGAUGAUUGUUGUAUGGAUUAAAUUUAAAUCUUUAAAGUUAAUGGACUAUACUUUAUUAUUCCCAUAUUGUAAACUAAAAACAAUUUGUUUAAAUUGUAUUCAACUAGUCAAACAUACUUAAUAUUGUUAAAUAGAGAAAAAAACUACUUAACCAAUAUAAUAUAACUGUGGUGCUUUAUUGCAUGCAUAGGUAUUACAUGGUCUUGCAUUUUCAUUUGAAUGAUUUAUAUAUUGUUUAGUUGUAGACUGGGUGAUUAGUCAACUAGUCCCUUAUGACGAACCUUAUACCCUUCAGAAAAAAAUUGUCCAGCCGUGUCACUGCCCAAUAGCUGUUCUCCAAAUGAAUUAAUAGCAUUACUGAUACGUUUGUAUCAGCUAGGUCUUAAUAGUGUACCAAAUCAGGCAUGCAAAGUGAAGACUUAUUCCAAACAAGUUAUUUUACUAUUCCAUUUUUUAUUAAGUAAAACACCUCUCCUUUUUGUUUUUGGAAUCUUGUUUUUCAUUGGGAAUUGUAAAUGUAUUGAAUUUUGUUAAUAAAAGAGGAAUUAUAUUUUUA